CAGCGGAAGACGCCACUUCCUCAAAAAGACAUAACAGACUAGUCGCAAACACCUCCAACUGCACGACGCAGGUAAACACACUCGCACACGGCUGUACAUCUGUGUCCGUCCGUGCUCUCCUGUCAUCAGGAUGGAGGCGUUCAGCUCGAAGGACAUGGCCAUGAAGGCCCAGAAGAAGAUCCUCAGUCACAUGGCCAGUAAGUCCGUGGCUCAUAUGUUCAUCGAUGACAACAGCGGCGAGGUUCUGGACGAGCUGUACCGCGUCUCCAAAGAGCACUCGGGGAACCGCACCGAGGCCCAGAAGGUGGUGAAGAACAUGAUCAAGAUCGCCGUGAAGGUGGGGGUUCUGUUCAAGCAUGACAAGUUCAGCGCGGAGGAGCUGAGUGUGGCGCAAGACUUCAGGAAAAAACUCCAUAAUGGAGCCAUGACGGCCAUCAGCUUCCAGGAGGUGGAGUUCACCUUUGAUAAGAACGUGAUGAUGGAGCUGCUGUCCGAUUGUCGUGAUCUACUGCUGAAGCUGGUGGAGAAGCACCUGACACCCAAAUCUCUGGACCGCAUCAGACACGUGUUCAACCAUUACUCGGACCCCGAGCUCCUCACACACCUGUACGACCCUCAUGGCACACUGUGGCCGAAUCUCAGCAAGAUCUGCAUCGGUCUGAACCGCAUGAUCGAAGAGGGCAAGCUCUGAACACAGAGAGACGCGCUGGACUGAAAGACUGGCCUUCAGAGCUUCUGAAGACAGAGACACUGAGCUCAGGGAGGCAGUGAGACACUGGCCUGGACACAUCUCUCAUGUCUGAUUGAGAGAUUAGCACUAAACACGACCAGAACACAUGCAGCUAAUACUGCACACAACAUAAAAAGGAAGAUUUAAAGGGACAGUCCACUCAAAAAUCAGAAUUCUGUCAUUGUUUACUCUCCUCAUUCUCAGAACGUUCUAGAGAGUUAUAAGCUCACAUUCUUCCAGUAGACUUAAUUCAAAGUUAUGGUCUGUAAUAACAGUGGAUGUUUUGAUUGUUCAGAAAACAUUAACUUAAUGGAAAUAUUUGCAAAACGUUCUUCUGUGCAACUCAAGGAAGUAAAUGUGGUCUGAUAAAAUUCAUUUGAUGUUCCACAGUCAUUCAGUUUUGGAACAAAUAAAUGACAGAAUUAUAAUUUUUGGGUGUACUAUCACUUUAAAAAAAAUCAUGUUUUGCAUAAAAAGAUUUAGAUUUGUUUUUGCAUUUUAACAUUAAUUUCACCCAUAAAUAUUAACACACAGAACUUAUACAACACUGGAUUUAAUGUACGGUUCCACCGUGUUUAACAGUAAAUUAAUUCAUUGUUGUUUUCAUGUUUAUUCAUAACCUGAAUAAAGUUUUAAUAAUAAGU